AUGUCGGCGAAAGCCAGCGCCAGCGAACAGUUACAACGCCAUAGUCGUGCGGCGCUGAAAGGCGAGACCCCCGAGAAGAGCACAGCUGUUUGGGCACACAAGAAGAACUGGAUGGAGACGGUGAGAGAGAGGGAAGAACGAAAGAGGGAAGUCGCGACUCGCGAGGACUGUUGA